AUGAGACUUUUUGAGAAAAUUGUUUUUAGGGAAGAGAUUUUAGAACACUCUAAGUUAAUCAUUGGCCAUGAUCAGUUUGCCUAUAAAAAAGGAACAAAUACAACGUCAGCCCUUAUUAAAUGUCAACAUCAUUGGCUGAAAUGGUUGGACGAAGAUGCCGAGUUUGUAAGGGUUUUAUCUUUUGAUUUUAGAAAAGCCUUUGACUCGGUCCCGCAUGAUAUCGUAACUGGAAAACUUAAACAAACAAACCUAAAUCCUUAUAUCAUCAAUUAGAUUAUAAGUUUUCUGACGAAUCGAAAACAAAAGGUCGUGGUGGACGGAAUUAUAACAAGAUAUGUAGAUAUUAACAAGGGAGUGCCACAGGGAACCGUCAUUGGCCCGUUUCUAUUUUCUCUUAUGGUUGAUGACAUUAAACCCAAACAACCUGAAACUAAUGUAUUGGUUAAAUUUGCUGAUGACAUGACAGUUAGUGCACCAGUAAAGUCAAAUAGUGAUUAUGCAACAAUGGAAGUGAGGAACAUCAAGAACUGGGCAAGGAGAAACAGAAUGACUCUAAAUCUAACAAAAACAUGGGAGAUGCUUCUGAGUGGCGGAACGUCUAAGCCGCCACCAGCGCCUAUAGAAGGUAUUGAACGCAAGGAAUGGCUAAAACUGCUAGGUGUUACUUUCAAGGACGAUGUGUGCUGCUGGGACCUGCACGUUAAUGGCUUGUUGUCGAAGGCCGGAAGCCGAAUGUAUAUUUUAAGAGUAUGUAGAAGGUAUGGAUAUCGGAAGGAACAUCUCAGCUAUCUUUUUGACUCAAUAAUACUAUCGUUGUUUUUAUACGGUAUUGAAAUUUGGGGCUCAGCUCUUCAAAAGAAAUAUUUAGAACGCAUUGACAAGUUUCUUAAGCGAGCGUAUCGAUAUGGUUAUGUACUAAAAGAGUAUAAAAUAUCUGAGCUGAUUGAAACGAGAGACAGAAUUCUAUUCAAUAGGAUUUUAGAUAAUCCAGAACAUAUUUUAUAUGAACUACUGCCUGAAAAAAGACAAAAAAUUUAA